AUGGCAUCGCUUGAGGGGAAGGUCAUCUCCAUCACCGGGGCUGCCUCAGGCAUGGGGCUGCAACUGGCAAAUCUUGCGGCUUCUCGAGGGGCCAAGCUUGCACUGGCAGAUAUCCAAGAAGAACCGCUCAAACAGCUGGUCGACGAAUUGGUGUCCUCGGGCGUUGACGCUAUCGGGACCCGGGUGAACGUGGCAUCAGACAAGGAGGUGGAUGCCUGGGUGGAAGCUACGAUCAAUCAUUUCGGCCAGCUUGACGGAGCCGCCAAUCUCGCUGGCGUUGAAGGCAAGCAUGGUUUGAGCGGCAGUCUAGUGAAUCAAGCAAACGAGGAAUGGGAUUUCAUCCUUUCCAUCAACUUGACUGGCCUCAUGUACUGCGUGCGAGCACAGCUGAGGGUUAUGAAGUCGGGGUCUUCGAUCGUCAAUGCUUCCAGCAUCGUGGGACUGGUCGGUCGGCCAGGCAUGUGCGCAUACGCCGUGAGCAAACACGGGGUCGCUGGCCUGACGAAAACGGCAGCGAAGGAGGCUGGACCUUCUGGCAUCAGAGUGAACGCAGUCGCGCCAGGUUCAAUUGAGACUCCCAUGUUGCAACGUGUAUUUGACACCGAAGCGGUAGGGGACCGAGCCUUCUCAACUGCUCCGCUGGGUCGAAAUGGCAAACCAGAAGAGGUCGCCAAGCUGUUCGCCUUUCUACUGAGUGACGAUUCAAGUUAUAUCAGCGGCGGAGUCUACCUCAUUGACGGAGGACUGAUCGCAUAG